GCAACUUUCCAGUCCUGCUGAGAGCGCGGCAAGAUUGGAAAAGAUCGAAGAGUAUCUGGGGUAUAUACUUUCGACUAGGUCUAACAUGGCCUAGCCUAGAGACUCGUCUCUCUUCCCAGACGAAGAAGGCGCAGGUGCAUGUUGCACAGCAGUGAAAGUAUCCGAGUGCAGUUACGAUCUGUCAAUGCCCUCUUGCAUAGUCGGUAGAAGUCUAGCGGUGCCGUUUGACCAGGACCCGGGAUUUUCAGUUCGCUCGUCGAAAGUGUCGGUACCUGUCAGCAGCUUCUAUACCUGGUGAAUCCUCUUCAUCGAACGACCGAGUCCACGAAAGAUCUUUAACAACCUUGGAAACCUUUUUCCUCUUUGAAACUCGCGUUGAAAGAAGCUAUUAGGAUGAGCACGAUGAACACCGCGACGUUGUGUUUUCUACUGGUCGUAACUGGUGUCACCACUCUCUCCAUCGACUCAAAUCCUGAAUACGUGAAACAGUGUUCGAGAAGCGAUCCAAAGCUAAAAACAUGUUUGAUCGAUGCGUUACACCAUUUGAGACCAUAUUUGAGUGUCGGAAUACCGGAAAUCGAGCUGCCUUCCGUCGAACCAUUUCGCAUGGACGAGCUGACUCUCUCCCUGACAGGUGGUACAAACGGUUACAAGGUUCAACUGCGUGAACUGUUCGUAAAGGGAGCGAGCAACUAUACCGUGGAAGACAUCAAACUCGGCUCACCCUUCGAAGCCAUUGUACGAAUGCCAGCCCUCAUCUUGGACGCGCAUUAUUCCAGUUCAGGAGUGUUAAUUAUCUUACCAGCCAGUGGCAAUGGAACGUUCCACGCGCGGUUUGACGAUGUCAGAGCUCUGGUCAAAGGCACCGUUUCGACGAAAGAAAGAGAUGGAAAAACGUACCUUAACGUGGAUAACCUUGACGUUGUUCUGGAAGUGAAGAAUGUGAAUAUGAGGGUCCGAAAGAUUUUUAAUAACAAUCGAAUCCUUACCGAGGCAACCAAUCUGUUCCUCCGCGAAAACGGACAGGAAGUUUUAAAAGUGAUGGAGCCGCAGUUGAAGAGGAAGCUGUCCGUACUCUUCGCUGGGAUCGUUAAUCAAUUGUUACGUCACGUGCCAGUCGAAGUUUUCCUACUGCCUUGAAUUUCGCAUUUUUUCUCGGAAAAAGGAAAGAUACGAUUAAGAAACAAAAAAAUCUAAGAAAACGACAAAUAGUCCAGAUUAGUGCGUUUCGCUGAGGGUUACGAUACAGUAACGAGUAACUUAAUAAUAACUUCGGGUUAAUAACUUCGAGUAUAACAAGAUAAAACAAGGAACAGUAUUGUUACGACGUUUAGUUUAAUUCGUUUCAGUGCAACUGAUAGUAUAAGGUUGAAUUUAUUGUAGAGAAGGCAACAAAAUAUAUGUAUAUUGUAUAUAUUUAUAAAAGCGUAGGUUUGUCUUUUUAUCAACUAUUUACCCUUGACCCGAUAGUAUUAUAUGCAAAAUAACUGACGCGAUAAAAAUUACAGGAGAAGAAUCGUUUUGUAAAGUACAAUCGUUUUGUAUUACAAGAUUUCUAUGCUUACAACAUUAUGAAUACGUUUCUCUAUAAUUUACAUGUAUUUUGCAUUUGAAAAAUACGUAGACGGAUGUUUACAAGAAUCUGUGCAAAUAUUUCGACUUGAACGUACCUAUACUCUUCGCUUUUUUUUCUAAUUAAUUUUUUGAUUAUGGUACUUUGCACCUGUAUUUGAAUUUUGAUCGCUUAAUCGAGCGAUGAAUGAUUAAAUAAUUCAUUAUACGAGAGGUAUCGAAAAAACAAAAGAAUUAACGGUUCGUCAUGCUCGUCAAAUUGAAUAAAUAAAAAUUGUUUAACAUAGGUCUGUGAAGCAUUGUAACAAUUCCAGAAUAGCAAACGACUUUUGUAAAGAUAUUUUUGUGUAUUUUUUUAAUUUACUCUUAGCUUUUUACGAACGUGUACGAUUAGUCUUGAUACUCUGUAAUCUGUUUUUAACUUUCUACCAGGCAUCUGUCUAUGUAUCCUGAUUGAUCAAAUUAGUUGAAUUAUAUUAAUUCAUCAAACCGAAAUGAUCAGGAAUUAUUGAAUUAAAGUUAUCUCGAUUAACAUUCGACAUCGCGUUUAUUUAUAUCUUACAUGAUGCUUCAUCCAAUAACAACACUGGUUAACAAUCCACGUGUAUAAUCACCGCCUUGUUAGCAGCUGUGUCUUCGGUAAUUAAAAAAGGAUCCUCGAAGACCAUACAAUUUGCGUAUCAAAUAAAUCUUACAAAAUGUCCAUAGAAUUAUUCGUCUUACGUCGUUUAUAUAAUUCAAUCAGUUCUGCGUUCCUUUCUCCCAUUUCAACCCAUGUUUAA